AUGGUCGAUCAUAAUGAUAUAAAUAACUGCAGUCGGACAUCAUGUCUGCACGGCCGGAACCCUGGUUUCCGGCCCUCGGGAUUGCCACGAUUGCUGGCCCCCGGCGCUAUCAGUAGCUUAAUUGGUCUGGACGUAAUCAACAGCAUAAGCAAUCGACAGUCGUUGUCAAGCAACGCAUCGCCGCUUGCGGGUCUGAAGCUGCAGACGCCCAGCAACCCCUUCGCGCCACGGAAGCCGCGUCCCACUGUGCAGAAGCUGGUGCUCUACCGGGGACGUGGCAUGCUGCUGUUCCGCUUCAUCGUCCGUGCCAAGGUGUUCCAACUUAUGGGCUUCCUAGCCUGUGCUGUGUUCGCGUCGGUUGUCCUAACCACGUCCAACCCGAACCCGAUGGACCUUGCGGCUGUCGGAGCAUUGGCGGUUGGCUGCGUUGUCACGUCGUACUGCAUCUGGUACUACAGUGGCCGUUACGUUGGCGAGAUGUCUCUCCUGCUCCCAGAGCGGCGUGUUGUGCGAUUUAGCGUACUGGACUUCUGGGGCAACCGAGAGGAUAACGAUGUUCCCCUUGAACAAGUUGUAGCACCUUGGCGAAACCGCAGCGUGGCUGAAGUGCGGUCGCAGGCGCGGCAGGCACUUAUGCCCGUGGAGGUGGCAGGCGAUCGCCAGUAUUAUAUUUCCGUGCCACACGGGCACUUACUACAGAAAGAGAUCCUACAGAAGAUACUGUACGGCGCGCCCAUCGAUGCGAAUGCGGAGGCGAAGCCCACUGAGGCGCCUGGCGAGACGCAAGCGGCGGCAGGAACACGGCCGCUUGGUGACAGUCCCACGCCUAAAAGCCUAGGGAAGGACCAUGAAGCAGGCAAAGUUGAUGAUACGGUUCGUCGUAUUGGCCACCCAGAGCAGCAGCGAUGA